AUGGCGCCCAAAAAUCGUGUCAUCAUUGACACUGAUCCUGGUGUUGACGACGUCCUUGCCAUCCUCUACGCAUUGGCAGCCAAGGCCGAAGAUCUUGAAGUGAUUCUCAUUUCGCUGACAUUUGGCAACGUUGAUGUGAGAUCGUGUCUACGCAAUGUUGUGGCCAUCUUCCACAUUCUGGAGAAGGAACUCAAAUGGCGGAAGGAACAAGGCAAACCACUUGGAUUCGAAGGAAUUACCAAAUAUAAGCCAAUCGUUGCCAUUGGUGCCGAGGAACCUCUACAGGACCGGAUUGAGAGCGCGGAUUAUUUCCACGGCAUCGAUGGCCUGGCGGGUACGCAUUCGAGCCAUCCACAUUUUUCACCAGAGGAAAGCUGGAAGAAGUUGUUUGAACAGCCACCGGCCGACCCAAAUCUCACGAAAUUGGCAAAGGAAGAGGUCGAUCUUGAAGAACCAACCGAGUCAUUUGUCCCGUCUCUCGUACCUGCUCACCAAGAAAUCCUUCGUAUCCUGAAAGAAAACGAACCAGACACAAUCACAUUGAUCUCCAUUGGACCCCUGACGAACUUCGCAUUAGCCGCCGCCGAGGAUCCGGAGACAUUCCUGCGUUGUAAGGAAGUCGUCACCAUGGGUGGCACCGUCGAUGGCAUUGGCAAUGUCACUCCCGUUGCGGAAUUCAACGUCUACGCCGACCCCUAUGCCGCGGCACGCGUGUACGCGCUCAGCUCACCGAUCCCAGCCUCCACCAUGCCCGUCGCAACCAAAGGCGAGCGGUCAUUCGAUCUCGCCAGUUACCCGACACAGCUUCCGCGACCACUCAAACUGACACUCAUGUCGCUGGACAUCACCGAAUUCCACAUGCUCAGCCGCGGGCUAUUCACCAGCCAAGCGUCAUCUCUCGCCGAGCAAGGCAGCCCACUGGCGCAGUGGAUGACGGCGUUCAUGACGCCGAUGCUCGACAAGAUGGAGCGACUGCACAUCGGGCACGAAGGCGAAGGCGCCGCCCUGGCGCUUCACGACCCGCUGUGCAUCUGGUACGUGCUGACGCAGGACGACGCGCGCUGGAAACCCAGCAGCCGCAGCCCAGAGGACAUCCGCAUCGAGACGGCCGGCCAGUGGACCAGAGGCAUGACCGUCGGCGACAAGCGCGCUCGCAAGCGCCGCAAUAGCGACGGCGAAGUGCCCCAUGACCGUGGCAAUUGGCUCGGCAAUCGCAGUGGCAAUAGAGUCUUCCGCAUGUUGGAGAGUCCCGGUCGGGAUGUUGCUGGCAAGGUGCUUAUUGAGACGAUUCUGGGGAACUAA